GGCAAUUCCGUCCAAAAUAAAAUAAACUCUGUUAUCUCCAGCCGAUUCGGGAAGGAAGCGAAGCGAGAGAGAGAGAGAAAGAGGAGGGGAAUUUAGGGUUUGCUUGCUCAUCGCCUCCCUCCUCCCCAUCGGCUAGGGAUAGGGCAAGCUAUGAUCCCCAACUCGUCGUCCCCUCCUCUCCUCGUAUUCUGAAUCUCGUUCGCAAUCGAAUUCGGAUUCGAUUGGGAGGGCACCCCACCCCGCUGCCGCCUACAUACUAUGGUUCACGCCCCGCGCCGCCCAUCGCCGUCGUCCUCCUCGCCGAUGCUCCACAGGAACCUCCGCGCCCUCGGCCCCGGCUUGAAUCCCUUCGCUCCCUUCGGCAUGGGCAACUACUCCCUCGCUUCCUCCUCCCGCUAAUCAUCUUCCGCGAAUCCUCCUCUCCUCCGAUUCCGAUCUCUCCCCGAUGGCUGCUGCUGCUAAAUCCCGUCCCGGCUCGCGAAUCGCCUCCCCCCAUCUGUUUCCUUGCUCCAUUGGUUUGGAUCUGAGAGCCGACGCGGGCUACAAGAAUAGCAUGGUGCAGGUGCGCAGGUCGCUCAGCAUGACCCGCCUCCGGGGCUGCCACGCCGCUGAUGACCGUGGCUGGAACCCGCUCCAUGUUGCCGCUCGCAAGGGAGACCUCAAGGAGGUUCGACGUCUCCUGGAUGAGGGGAUGGAUGUCAAUGCACCUGUAUGGGGACCGAAAUCUCCGGGUGCUACCCCACUCCAUCUGGCUGCUCGGGGUGGGCAUGUUAAAAUCAUGGAUGAACUACUGGAGCGUGGUGCUAAUAUUGAUGCUCGAACAAAAGGGGCCUGUGGCUGGACACCUCUACACAUUGCUGCCAAGGAAAGGAACAAGAAAGCUGUGAGAUUCCUGAUUGAGAAUGGUGCAUUCCUGCCUCCUGAGAUGAACGAUCACAGGUUCAAUCCUCCCCUCCAUUACUGUUCUGGAUUAGAAUGGGCGUAUGAGAUGAAGCGCAUGCAAGACGAGAGCGACUCCCCUGGCGAGACCUCCUUAAGCUCGGACAACUAGAUGGAAUUUGAGAAGAUGGACUGAGGGUCAUCAUUGAGCUGCUUGAUGUCGCAGGAAUUGCCACGUUAGCAAGUACAAUGCAUGUAGUCUGCUGCUUUGAAUGAUUGUUGAUGAUACCGUACAUGUACUUACCCUUUUAUUGCAUUGUAUUCUUGUGCUUUUGUACCGGUACGUGUAUCUACAUGUCGUAUCUUGGGAUACGCGUGAACAUGUUAUAUGGCCAUCUGGGUAUUCAUUAUUUUUGAUCGGUUC